GAUACCUGUCAUGAAGCUGGCAACUGUCUUCCUGUUGGUGACCAUCAGCAUUUAUAGUUACUCUGCUACUGCCUUUCUCCUCAACAGUGUACCCCUUCCUGUCGACAAAGUGUUACCUUUGCCUCUGGACAAUGUUCUUCCCAUCAUAGACCCCUUGAAGCUUCUUCUGAAGACUCUGGGCAUUUCUGUUGAGCACCUCAUGGAAGGGCUCAGGAAGUGUGUGAAUGAGCUGGGACCAGAGGCUUCUGAAGCAGUAAAGAAGCUUCUGGAGGCCCUGUCACACCUGGUGUGACGCCAGGAGAAAGAGGGUGCGGAGACACAAGUGG